AUGCGUGAAAUUAUCAGCUUGAACGUCGGCCAGGCUGGUUGCCAGAUCGCCAACUCCUGCUGGGAGCUUUACUGCCUUGAGCACGGCAUUCAGCCCGAUGGUUACCUCACCGAGGAGCGCAAGGCCGCUGACCCCGACCACGGCUUCAGCACUUUCUUCUCCGAGACCGGCAACGGGAAAUACGUUCCUCGCACCAUCUACGCCGAUCUCGAGCCCAACGUCAUCGACGAGGUCCGCACUGGCGCCUACCGCGGUCUCUUCCACCCCGAGCACUUGAUCAGCGGCAAGGAGGAUGCCUCCAACAACUAUGCCCGUGGUCACUACACCGUCGGCAAGGAGCUUAUCGACCAUGUUCUCGACAAGGUCCGCCGCGUUGCCGACAACUGCAGCGGUCUCCAGGGUUUCCUCGUUUUCCACUCGUUCGGUGGUGGUACCGGUUCCGGUUUCGGUGCUCUCCUCAUGGAGCGCCUCUCUGUCGACUACGGCAAGAAGUCCAAGCUCGAGUUCUGCGUCUACCCUGCUCCCCAGACUGCCACCUCCGUCGUUGAACCUUACAACUCUAUCCUCACCACCCACACCACCCUCGAGCACGCCGACUGCUCCUUCAUGGUCGACAACGAGGCCAUCUACGACAUCUGCCGCCGCAACCUCGGCCUCGAGCGCCCCAACUACGAGAACCUUAACCGUCUGAUCGCUCAGGUUGUCUCUUCCAUCACCGCCUCGCUCCGCUUCGACGGCUCCCUCAACGUCGAUCUCAACGAGUUCCAGACCAACUUGGUCCCCUACCCCCGUAUCCACUUCCCUCUCGUCGCCUACGCCCCCGUCAUCUCGGCUGCCAAGGCCGCCCACGAGGCCAACUCGGUCCAGGAGAUGACCAUGUCCUGCUUCGAGCCCAACAACCAGAUGGUCAAGUGCGACCCCCGCCACGGCAAGUACAUGGCCACCUGCUUGCUCUACCGCGGUGACGUCGUCCCCAACGACGCCCACGCUGCCGUUGCUACCCUCAAGACCAAGCGCACCAUCCAGUUCGUCGACUGGUGCCCUACUGGUUUCAAGCUCGGUAUCUGCUACCAGCCUCCCCACCAGGUCCCCAACGGCGAUCUGGCCAAGGUUAACCGUGCUGUCUGCAUGCUUUCCAACACCACUGCCAUCGCCGAGGCCUGGUCUGCCCUCUCCUCCAAGUUCGAUCUCAUGUACUCCAAGCGUGCUUUCGUCCACUGGUACGUUGGUGAGGGUAUGGAGGAAGGCGAGUUCUCUGAGGCUCGUGAGGAUCUCGCUGCCCUUGAGCGCGAUUACGAGGAGGUUGCCGCCGACUCGAUGGAGGGUGAGGAGGUCGAGGCCGAGUACUAA